CACACACUGACCACAAGCUUGUUUUCAAAUAGCUUCAAAAAGAAGACGUGACUACUGACUACUGACUACUUAAACACAACUACACAUGAACAAGGAACUAAAUAAUUUAACGCUUAAUGUUUAAAGAGCAGAAAUGUCUGAAGAUAUUUAUAACAAUGUCAUUGGGACUGAGUUUGAGGGAAAGAACAAAGAUAGAGUGGAGAUGACCGUGGAUAUCUAUGAGAGUGUAGAUUGUGUGAGAGAUUGUGACUUCAAAAAAGAAACGAACACAACCCAACCACUUCAGCACACAGGAAGUGAUUCAGUGAAAACCAGAAUCUCCAGAGCAGCUGUAGUGUGUUUGGUGCUUCUGUGUGUUCUUCUGCUGACUGCAGUCAUAGUGCUGUGUGUCCACAUCCAUACAAAGAACACAAAUUACACAGAAGAGAAAGACCAGCUACUAACUAAGAUCACCAACCUCACAGAAGAAAGAGACCAGCUUAUAAUAAAGAACAGAAAUGUGUUGAAUCAACUUUCAAUUCCUGAUGGAUGGAUUUACUAUCAAUCCAGUUUUUACUACAUGUCCAAUGAGACAAGGAACUGGACUGAGAGCAGUAAAGACUGUCAGAAGAGAGGAGCAGAUCUGAUCAUCAUCAACACCAGAGAGGAACAAGAUUUUGUUAAGAAGAUUACUGAUAGAAGAGAAUUCUGGAUUGGUCUGACUGACAGUGAAGUGGAGGGCACAUGGAAAUGGGUUGAUGGCAGCACAGUAACCUAUGAGUUCUGGGAGCGGGAAACAAAAGAGCCAAAUGGAGGAACACUAGAGAACUGUGUUGUGACUUAUUUAACAAAGAAUCCUCAAUUAAAAGGGUGGCUUGAUGUUCCAUGUAAUGGUGCUUAUCAGUGGAUCUGUGAGAAGAAUAUUUCACCUCUCAUACAGCAAUAAGAACAUCAUAUACAUUAUUAUUAUUAUUAUUAUUAUUAUUAAAUUUAUUUUUGGUUAUCUAAUUGUAACAGUACAAAUCAUUCAUAAUGAUUAUCAUCUAAAUUAGGGCUGUCCAUUCUGGCUCCUGAAGCAUUACUUUUGAAGCAGAAUGUAGAUCCAGCACACUGUUAUUUUAACAUCAUUAAUAUGCUAUUAUAGUUUGAAUUAUUAUUUUUCAUUUGUUUUAAUUUUAUAUUCCUUCUUUUUUAAUUUUGGUAAAGGUUUUAGUAAUUUUUGUUGUGUUAUUAUUUUAGUACUUCAAGGUAAACUCAACGUAAAUGAGAAAUGUGGCUUUGGCAGCUACCUGAAAAAAAAAAAAGUUAACUUUGCUAACACUUUAUUUUGACAGUCCACUGUAGACAUUCUAUUAACAGUAAAUAUAUUUGCAAGUACAUGUCAACCACCAAUCAUUAGAAUAUUAUCAGACUUAAUAUCAGCUAACACUUUAUUUUGAUGGUCCCCUAACAAACAUUCUACUGACUAUAAGUGUCACAGAACAGUGUUGUAGAACAUACACGCACACACACCUGAAGUGAAUAAUGAAUAAAAUUCAACAACCAUGACAAUAAACUAAACAUGGAAAAGUGCAAACUGAAA